AUGCCGAGUAAGAUUGAUUUGUUCAAUGAUAUUAUAUCGAGCACUGCGAGCACUCCGACCCCCAUGGUAUGGUUUAUUUGAAUGUGUAUCCUCUAUGCACUCGUCUUCAGUGUCAAUGUCUGCCCGCAACGACUCCUUCCACUUCCCCCACCUGCAUUCCCUACGAUUCCCGACUCCAGGCGGCGAGUCUCGAGGAAGCUAUCGUUGCUUUUCCCGACCUGACCAUCACAAGACAAGAGAAGACCACUCAGGUAACCUUCAAUUCAGUUUGCCAUAGUCUAAGACUUUCCAGACUGCUUCACUAAAUAAUUGCAAGACGAAACAAUGUCGAGACUGCUAUAGAGAUCUGCGAAGUCAACUCCGAAAAGUCUGUGUGAACUCUUCGUUCCCCCGUCUAACCAAUCGCCCUGUUCAGGUCGGUCUCUUGCCGGCCACAAUCGAUCAAGUGUUCGGCAACCAGCGGAACUUUUCGACGUGUCAAAAGUACAGAUUCACGCGCAAAGACGAGGGGGUUUACGAGAAAAGGAAGAAGGCGAAGCAGCACUUUGAAUGGGAUUACGAAGAGUGUACUGGUACGUGGUGUGUUCUCGGGCACAUUUGAUAUAUUCCAGACGAGGAUGAAGGGGAUUAUUAUGUGGAUGGCACCGGGCGGAAGAAAAACAACAAUGUGCCGAAGAAGAUUGUGAAGAGGGAUGUGGAAGCAACGACGGCCAUUUCGCAACCGAACACCACUGCGAUGAACUCGACUGGAAUCAUUGGUGAGUUCGUUCUUGAACAUCACUUCCGUGUUUGCAACCUGCCCAGGGAGGUCAUCUCAUUUUCCAAAUUCCAAUCUCUCUCUCGCUUUCCGUUUCUCAUUUGAAAUUACUAACCAAUGUUCGAUAACGGCAUGCAACCUUGACGAAAGCCGUCGUGUCGACUUGAUCUGUGUAACCUUCAUUAAACCUCUGUCUCGCAAACAAGAAAGAGUGCAGAAAAAGCGACAGAAUUCCUUUCAGGCAUCCGAUUUCCGAUCUCUUGCACGACGCGCGGAGUCACCCCGGACGGCCUGGGCACCGUGUCGUUGUGCAGCACGUGCUGGGUCUGGCGACGUCUUCCGAGUACCUACUACCCGGCAUAUCUGAACGAGAUCGUGUGCGACUACGCGGACACCGUCUGCCUGAGUGGUUCGUGACUGGAAGCCAAUGUGGAAGCGGAAGACUACUCAACUUUUUUUCUUCUAGGAUACGCGUCUUGUCAAACUGGAACCCAGCAGCUGAAUGUGUUGCGAAAUGACAGUGGAAAACUGGUGCCGGUGUCCGUGACCGCUGGUAUCAACUGCGAGUGCCGAGUGUCAGCCGGAUCUGCGCUCGAGUCGCUCGUGCUCGGACAGGGCACCUCUGCCGCGAUGGCCCCUCUCGCCACCUCAAGUACAAAAGCGCCAAGCACGACGGGCAAACCGAAUCGUUAGGGUACAAAAGAACUCUUAUGGUAUAAUGCCAUCCAUGAACAUUUCCUCCAUGUAUUGUGUCUAUUGUUUCUUUCUUUCUUUUUCAAAACGGUUUGCUUCUUCCGCUGCUGUCCUUUUUCGACAGCAAAACGCCCGUUAUUCAAGGUGAGAUUAUGGCGAUAAGUGAAUGCCAUUCGGGGGAAGCGAGAGAGAGAAUGUGUGACACGGAGAGACGCUGUCAAUCGUAUCAAAAGACUUCCUGUAGCUUCUGUUGGGGAAAGCGACCUUGGCGGCCGUCGUACUUGAAGGAAACACAAUUUUUUAUCGCCGAAAAAGGCAAUGCCUGCCACCCGGCCGCCGUUGUUUUUGCUUAUCAACAACGAUUUUGUUGCGUGCCGCCCAUUUACUACGGAAUUCGAAGAGAGAAAGCAGAAAUCGGAGAGGACAGAGAGAUGGAUGCGGGUGGUCGGGCAGCGGGUCUGAGCGAGUAUAAAAGGACGGCCGAGCGCCAGAAAAGGUACCUGGCUUUUAGUCAUGGAGAAAUUCCUCGUCACCCUCUCUACCGGAGCUGCCUCCAUCGCCGUUCUCGCGGUUCUCUUCACCGUGCCAUCCCUCUACAACACCAUCAAUGAGGUGCACGAUGAGGUAAACAUUCCCUUCUUGGUCAAUAGAAUCUAAACAUUCCUUACAGGUUCUCGAUGGAGUUUCCGUCUUCCGCGCCGAGACCGACUCUGCCUGGACCGAGAUGAUGGACAUCCAAAUCACCGUCACCCCACCAUCGAAGCCACGUGUCAACCCAUUCAACUCGAUCUUCCGCCAGAAGCGUCAGACCUUCUCUGGACUCCCAGCCUGGUGCCAAUGCGAGCCAACUAAGCCAACGUGCCCGCCAGGACCACCAGGACCACCAGGACAGCCAGGACAGCCAGGACUCCCAGGAGGCCCAGGACCAAAGGGAGAGGACAGCACUGUCACCUACGCCCCGAUCACCUGCGCUCCAGUCAGCCAGGACUGCAUCAAGUGCCCAGAGGGACCAGCCGGACCAGAAGGACCAGCAGGAUCUGCUGGACCAGCCGGACCAGACGGACAGCCAGGAGCCCCAGGAAACGCCGGAGCCCCAGGAGCCGACGGACAGCCAGGAGCCCCAGGAGACGACGGACAGCCAGGAGCCCCAGGACAAGACGGAGCCCCAGGAGCCCCAGGAAAGGACGGACAACGCGGAUCCGGAGCCGCUGGAGCCCCAGGAGCCCCAGGAAACGCUGGACCAGCUGGACCAGCCGGACAAGACGGAGCCCCAGGACAAGACGGACAGCCAGGACCAGCGGGACCAGCCGGACAGGACGGAGCCCCAGGAAACGCCGGAUCCGACGGACAGCCAGGAGCCCCAGGAGGCCCAGGACUCCCAGGAAACGACGCCGCUUACUGCGCGUGCCCACCAAGAUCCGCCGUCUUCGUCUCCCGCCAUUAG